GAAUAGACAUGGCAAGUAUGAGUAUCUAUGUAAGGUUAGCCCCAAGACUAAUCUAGAAAUCAAGGUACCAAAAGAAGUGUCAUAGUAUUUGAAGUUUUUUUUUUUGGACAAUAUCAUUGUAAUUAAGGUUGCAACAUCUUUGACCGGAUACUGAGUUUUAAAAAAAAAAUUGAGGCGAUAACAAUGGUUGAUGAUAAGAAUGCAUCUGCACAAAAUAUGUUGCUGGGAUUCAUUGGAGGCAUUACAACAGUUAUGGCAUUGACCUUAUUGUUCUACCUCUUCUGGAAAAGGAUCAUUCCAUUUUUUAAACAACCUAAGACUUUGAAAGGAAAGCAAUUUAAAAGCUUGAAAUAUGAGAAAAUAUCUUUAAGGUGUUUUAAUCUUGAGGAACUAGAGAGGGCUACACAAAAUUUUAGCCAAGAUUGCUUAUUGGGUUCUGGUGCAUUUGGUAAUGUCUACAAGGGAACUUUUGAGUUAGAAGGAAUACUAGCCAUAAAGAGAUCUCAUUCUGAAUCAUUCUUAAGUAUGGAGGAAUUUAGAAAUGAAGUUAGGCUUCUUUCAGCAGUAAAGCAUAAGAAUCUUAUUGGUCUGGUUGGAUAUUGUGAGGAACCAGAACGAGAUGGGGCAAAAAUACUAGUCUAUGAAUAUGUACCAAAUGGUUCACUCUUGGAGUACAUGAUGGGAAACAGAAGGAGAAGCUUAACUUGGAAGCAAAGAAUAAACAUAGCAAUAGGAGCAGCAAAAGGCAUAGCUUAUUUGCAUGAAGAGGUGAAGCCAAGCAUAAUUCAUCGUGACAUCAAACCAAGUAACAUACUAUUAGGGGAAUGUUUUGAGGCUAAGGUUUCAGAUUUUGGGUUGGUAAAAUCAGGGCCUACAGGUGAUCAAUCACAUGUUAGUAGCCAAAUCAAAGGGACACCAGGGUACCUUGACCCUGCCUAUUGUUCAAGCUGCCAUUUGACCAAAUUUAGUGAUGUCUAUAGCUUUGGUGUCAUACUGUUGCAACUUAUUUCAGCUAGACCUGCUGUUGAUAGUGCUGAAAAUCCAAGCAAUCAACAUAUUAUCGAUUGGGCAAGGCCUAGCAUAGAGAAGGGUAACAUUGAAGAAAUCAUGGAUGCAAAUUUAUUUUGUGAAAGUGAGCCAUGUGAUAUGAAAGUUAUGCUACAAAUGGGACAACUUGGUAUAAGAUGUGUGGCUCAAGAACCAAAACAUCGUCCCACAAUGACCCAAGUUUGUAGAGAACUAGAGCAAGCCCUCUACUCAGAUGAUGAUAGGUUCACUAACAAGGAUUCAGAAACCCAUGGAGCAAUGGAACACUUUGAUUUUUCACAGAGCUAUGUGAGCAUAGAUGGUGUUGGAUUAGAGAAAUUCCAUGUUGAUAUGGAUAGCUUCUCUUUUAAGAGCACAAACUUAAGGUGCCUAGAAAAUAAUAGUAUUAGUAUUGACAUUGAUGUUAAGAACAAUUUGAGGAAAAUAUAACAGAGAUGUUAAGUUGUGUAAUGUAAUGAAUUAUAAUUAAGCACAAUUGUCACCCUUUUUCUAUCUUUCAAUUCAGGAAUUCAAGGUAAAGCAAUCGCUUGCCUUCAAUGUAAGAAAGUUUGUUUGUAAAAUCACACGAUGAACCUUCAUCGAAGCCGUAAAAUGUACUAGUUUUUACGAAAAUCUCGAAGGGCUCAAUGUAAAUAUUUGUCUAGUGAAG